UUGGCCUUUAAGGCUAAAAACACAUAAUUAACAAAGACUAGUUUAUCUAUCGGGGAUGACCCGCGUGUUUUAGGAAGGUUUCAAAGAGCUGGAGGGUAAAGGCGUUUCACUUCUCAUGACGUAGAAGUACGGAGACGUCUUCCUGACGUCAACUCGCUGCGACUCGAGGCAAGUAAACAUUUCCGCUGUGUCGCGAUGGACUCAAACAAGGACGAAGCCGAUCGGUGCAUCAAAAUAGCCCUGAAUGCGAUCGGCAACAAUCAAGCAGACAAAGCCCGGAAGUUCCUGGAGAAGGCGCAACGCCUGUUUCCCACGGAUCGAGCCAAAAACUUAUUGGAGUCGUUUGAGCAGAAUGGGAAGCCCCCAGAUGAGAACGGCGGCCCUGUGAACGGAGAUGGGCCCGCUAUGAGGCACCGCGGCCACGGAGAGCAGCCGGAUGGGUCCGCACAGGGGGGCACAGAAUCGGCCAAACCCUUCACUGCAGAGCAGCUCGAGGCUGUCAGAAAAAUUAAGAGCUGUAAAGAUUAUUACCAAAUUCUGGGAGUUGAAAAGACGGCCUCUGAAGAGGAUCUUAAAAAGGCUUACAGAAAGCUGGCCCUGAAAUUUCACCCAGACAAAAAUCAUGCACCUGGAGCCACAGAGGCAUUUAAAGCUAUUGGUAAUGCCUACGCGGUACUGAGCAAUGCUGAAAAACGAAGGCAAUAUGACCAGUAUGGAGAGGAACGAACACAUCCAACCAGACACAGACACCAUCGUGAUUUUGAAGCAGAUAUUUCCCCCGAGGACCUCUUCAACAUGUUCUUUGGUGGAGGCUUCCCGUCAAGCAACGUACACGUUUACAGAAACGGAAGAAUGCAUUUUGCACAUCAUAACCGACAAGAAAGACGAGAACAACAGAGAGAUGGAGGACUGGCUCUCUUUGUCCAGCUGAUGCCCAUCUUAAUCCUUAUCAUUGUUUCUGCUCUCAGCCAGAUGAUGGUUACCCAGCCUCCUUACAGCCUUAGCUACCGCCCAUCAGCUGGACACAUUCACAAAAGGCAUACAUCCCACCUGAAGGUGCCUUUUUACGUGGGAGAGCGUUUCAAUGAAGAAUAUUCGGGGAAUAACCUAAAGAAUGUGGAAAGAAGUGUAGAAGAUGACUAUAUCUCCAACCUUAGAAACAACUGUUGGAAGGAGAAGCAGCAGAAGGAAGGCUUACUGUACCGUGCUCGUUACUUUGGGGAUUCAGGGUUGUACGAAAGGGCGCAGAGAAUGGGGACGCCUAGUUGUUCCAGACUAUCAGAGAUUCAGGUCAUAUUGGAUGGCUAGAAACCACUUGCACAUACAUGGGUUCCUCUGUACUUGAAUCUAAUUAGAAGAAAUUGGUCGGAGCCCACUCAGAUUGGAGCAUAUUUCUGCGGCAAAACCAAGAGAAUCAAACAUGCCUUAUGUGCAGUGGGCGACAGACCUCAUCAGGGAACCUCUCUGCAACUCGCUGUAGAUUGGCUUCCUGUAGAACUGUGAGAAGCUUUGAGUUGACUGCUGACAUUUUCUUACUCUAGUGUCUUCGGGGUGGCGAGAGUCCACUGGGCAUCAGUGGAAAAGUAAGAGCAUAUUUGAACAGUUACGAAGCUGCUAUGUUUAGUUUUCUCUGUCUGGAUCUUUUUCUGUUUUCCUUUUGAGGAACCUCAUGGCCUUCUCAUAGACAGACGUCUGAGCCACUCACAAGGAACGUGUGUAAUUUUUAUAGUUCUUACCUAUGUAAAUAUUCAUUUUACUUUUAACAGUUCAGGGUUUAUUGAAGUUAAUAUCAUAUACUAUAAUGUUAUGUGGAUUCGCUUGUAGUCUGUUGGAUCAUAAGUAUUGAAAAUCAUUGCACAAAU